ACCAAUAAAAACUUGGGAAUCAUCAACGGUAUCUACCGUAUCCAAUAUUAAUGUUACCUCCAAUACGUCAGUCUCGGAUACUCAGUGGGGCUUGAGUAAAUACAGAGUAAUCACGGACAUUCACUCGAUAAUCAACUUCAACUGCAUAUGUUAUCGUCUGAGUUGUCAUCUUGAGAUCUUCCACGUGCGUGUGACAUUCAAAAAUAAUGCCGCGUUCCAUGGUUCUGGACAACCUCGACCCGAAUGACGCCUACUUCCAGAAGAUUCUGCACCGCGGAUUGGGUGACGACACGAUCCAGGAUGUGCAGUUAGUGGAGAAAAGCCCGGCGUUGAAAAAAGGGGAGAAUGACCUGAGUUACUUGACAAGAUUCACCCUCAAAUACACGUGCAGCGUACUCGAGGGACUGCACCACAAAAGAGUGCACAGGGUGGCACACCUAAUCAUGAAGGAGGAGCCAGAUGCUGAACUGCAGACUUUGGAGGUCAUCCGGGGCAUGGGUAUUUUUGAUACCGAGCGACGCGUAUUGGAGGACGUUCUACCGAAGAUCGCGGAGCUAGUUGGGAAGCGCUUGGGCCCCAGGGUUUACUACUCUUCGGAUAAGCCGGACACUAUUGUUAUGGAGGACUUGGCGACUCUUGGGUUCCGCAACAAAAACCGUAAAAUAGGGUUUAAUGAGGCGGAGAUGUUCAUGGUCUUGGAGAAUAUCGCGGAUUUCCAUGCAGCAUCGGUUUUAUUGAAUGAACAGAAUGCUGACUGCGUGUCUUGCUUUUCGAACGGCUUCUUCACAACGAAGCUAUCGGAGGGCGUUAUGACAUUCGUCUCGCAAUGUGUGGAAUCCAUUGGAGACGGAGUUCGUGACUGGCCAGAUGAGAAAUUCGUCCUGAUAUCUGACAAGAUCAAGAAGAAAUCGAGGGAGAUUGUGCAGAAGCUUCUGCUGGCGUACCAAAACGACGCGGACGAGCUUCUAGUUCUGAAUCACGGCGAUAUGUGGAACAAUAACAUCAUGUUCAGGGACGACGGAACUGGAGAACCUGAAGAGGCUUGUUUCGUCGACUAUCAAAUGUGUAUUUGGACGUCUCCUGCCAUCGACCUACUCCAGUUUCUCCACGUGGCCCCAGAGCUCACUAUGAAAAUGACUCACGACGAUGUAUUUUUACAAAAAUACUUGACUCGUUUGUCGAGCACAAUGAAAGCACUGGGCUGUUCUACAAAUCCCCCCACCCUGGAGCAACUGAAGAAAUCCAUGUUCAAGCGUCGAGACUAUGCGCUCCUGGCGACAUUUUUUUUUUACCCGAGAAUGGAAGCGGAUGAUGACGAAUUGGAGAACGCAGACGACAUGGUUGGGAAAGGAGAAUCGGCAGUGGAUUUCUUGAAGAAUCCAAGGGUUCGGGAAACCAUGGCGAAGAUCCUUCCAAUAUUAGAUGAGAGGGGUUAUUUGGACUGAAUUAUUUUGAUAUAAUUUGAUAAGAAGAUGAUGAAAAAUGAGAUUGAAUGCUCUAUGAAUACAUUCCAACUCUAUUUUGACUGUUGUAACAGUCACAGUUCAGUGGAAACAUUUCUCUCCAGUUCACUAAGUCUCAGUAAUUUGUGUUUAUAUC